AUGGUCUGGGAGUAUGCUUUGCCCGAACCCCGUGUCUACGAGGUCAUGGAUGUGCCCCAUGCCAAACAAAAAAUGAACGCGGCCGACGGCCUCAUGUUUGCCAACGUCCACCAUGAGCCGCCACCUCCGCUCGCCGCCGUUUGCCGCGAGUCGCGCGGCUUUGUCCUCCACCACUACCAGCCACUGACUCUCGGCCGCACCACAAAAUAUGUUGACUUAUCUCGGGACUUGCUGCUGCUCGAGCCUUACCUACUGCUCAAGCGCUUACACCGCACUCUGCACUUUAUGAGCCGCAUCCCUCUCAUCCGGGACCACCUAGCCGGAUUAGCCCUCGGCACAAGUUACGGCGUCUACACGGGCAUCUGCCAUCCAGUCCUCAGCUGGAAGGUCUCCAAAAGCAACAUGGGCAAGCUAUUGACGGGCCUUGCUAAAUUCCCCAAGCUCAAGGCGCUGCUAUUUGUCGUCCACCAGGAGUUCCAGUUUGAAUUUGACUACUGCUGUGCACCUGCCCCAGGCCUACCAGCCUCGAGACCAACGCCUCCACCCCAACCUCUUUCGCCUCACCUGCCCCCUCCUCCGCAUCCACUACCGGGACCGGGCAUCUACCCGUCACAUUCUCUUCCCACAGGCCUGGAGGGCACCCAUCAAGCACCACUACAGCAGAGCGCAUCGCCGUACUCGUCCCCAAGGUCUCGCUCCUCUAUCUCGCCAUCACCAUUACCCUCUCCCAUGGUGGCGCAUCUCCACUACCCACCAGUCGUCCCAGUAUCCUUCCAGCAGCUACCGCCGCCGACACAAUCACCACCGAUGCAACUUCCCCUGCCACCCGUUCCACCAAUGCGCUCGGUACCAGCACCACAGUCGGCUCCGUCUCGGCCACUUCACACGCCUUCUACCACUCAAAUAAACGACUCGCCAUCUUCUCCUCCACUCAUUCACCAGGCGCAGGCCAUUCCAGCUCCUCAGCCGGCUGCACCCCAGGCACUUCGUCCUCAAGUUGUCCAUCAGGCAUACCGCUUCAAGUUCGAUAUCGAAGGCAACAUCAACCGCCAUCCGCGCCGGCCGCACCUCAACCAGCUGCUUUUCUACCCGCUCGAAGACAAGAGUGAGGUGGACGAAAGGGACGACUGGGAAGCGCUCCUCAACGCCAAGAGCAGCAACAACCCUGACGAUCUCGAUGAAGAGGAUCCGUAUGGCGAGUUUUUCGAUCCCUGGCCGAGCAAUGAGGACUGGCGUCGCUUCCGCCAACGCUUCCGCCGACAGGUAGUCGCUACGCUCCAGGCCGGCCUGGCGACGGGCGACGGUCAGAAUGCUUUCUGUGUCGACGCUGAUAUCAACGAGGCCGCUUCGUCAUCUGGUCGGGCCGUCUGCGGAGCUAGUGUCCACCGCAGCAGUGGCAACGGUCUUUCCUCGUCGUCGGACAAGAAGUACCAGCAGUACUUACAUCAAACACAGCAAAAGUGUGACGGUGACGACUACGACGCUGGCUAUUCUGGGCCGCACAACUACAACAGCCUCUACAGCCUACACAGCAGCAGCAACUAUGCCGGUGUACAGAAAAAAGGCGGCCCCAACGGCCACCGUCGACGCUACUCACUCAAGCAUAAGCUACCUGCCAUCAAAGGUGCCAGUCUCCUUUGGCGCUACACGCGAGGAGAGUGA